AUGUCGCCCCGCGAGACUGACGCGGGACCAACCACUAUGCCUAUCUUCAACCGUCAGAUUGAGGAUUCUCCUACUCCAUUGCCAAGGAACCGCACGACUGUCAAUAGCGAUGACAUUGGCUCAACGCUUCGCACUUCAAGAAGCUCUAAACUCUCUGAUAGCCCCGACGGUGGUGUCAGUCUUGCUCUUUGCCCACCUAGAUUUCUCGCACGGACAACUACAUCUGCCAGUCCCUACGACGCUGAUUCAGACACGGAUUCCAAGGCGUCCAUGUCCCCUGGUGCUGCUGUCAUUGUGAACCGUGGGAACGCAGCUGCAUCGGCUACCUCUUCAGAGCAUGAAUCUUCAAACACUAAGCCACGUCUUCGCCUUGUUUUGAGACAAGAACCUCUCAGAUCCGUCAAUGCCAGCAUGCAAGAUCUUGCAUUACAAGACCAGGAAGCUAUCGAUGCAUUGGAUGCUACCAGACAUGCAAACCAAGACAAGCAUGCUCGUGUGGAUGACUACAACGGCUCUGAGGACGAUUUGCCGCGGGGUAAUCAUGUCGUCAGCCACGAUAGCCGCGAGAAAGUCAUGCCAGGACAAGUCAUGCAGGAAGAAACUAUGCCAGGUGAAGCCAUGUCAGAGGAUCCAGCACACCUUGAGGCACAGAUGUGGGCGUCCAUUGAGGGGCGUGAUGACGAUGACGACGCUCAUAGUGAGCUGCAUGAUGAUUUUCGUACUCAUAUUCACGGCCGUCAACCAGCAACUAGAGUCGGACAAGUGGUACAAGAGAUUGCUACAGAUGAAGCACGAACCAUUCACCACUGCUUGGACAUCCUCUCCCUUGCAGUCGACAACCUAGAUUCCAUCGACAAUCCCUUCUCACGCGGCCGCAACGAUGCUAUUGUGGCUAGGACCAUGAUUAUACACCUUCGCGAAGAGGUGGAUCGAAUCACACGAAACAAUGCAACCACUAUGCAACUUCUGCAAUAUCAAGACAUCUUGUCAGAAGGCUUCUUGCACCGAUUGAGGUGGGAACAACGUGCUCGCAACAGACAUUUCGACACCUACGGAUUGAAUCCUAACUUCUGA